GGUGGGGUGUGGGGGCGAGGCGGCGACGAGGGCGGCGACACUCCCCUCCCCUCGGCUCCACGGCGUGGGACGGCGCGGACGUGGUUUCGGAGGGAUGUCCGCCUUCUCUGAGGCGGCGCUGGAGAAGAAGCUGUCGGAGCUGAGCAACUCGCAGCAGAGCGUGCAGACCCUGUCCCUGUGGCUCAUCCACCACCGCAAACACUCGCGGCCCAUCGUCACGGUGUGGGAGCGGGAGCUCCGCAAAGCCAAACCCAACAGGAAGCUUACUUUUCUCUACCUGGCCAAUGAUGUCAUUCAGAACAGCAAAAGGAAAGGACCAGAGUUCACAAAAGACUUUGCACCAGUCAUAGUGGAGGCAUUCAAGCAUGUUUCAAGUGAAACUGAUGAAAGUUGUAAGAAGCACCUUGGCAGAGUAUUGUCUAUUUGGGAAGAGCGAUCUGUGUAUGAAAACGAUGUGUUAGAGCAACUUAAGCAUGCUCUGUAUGGAGAUAAGAAGACAAGGAAGCGGACUUAUGAACAAAUAAAAGUGGAUGAGAAUGAAAAUUGUUCCUCUUUAGGGUCCCCAAGUGAACCACCGCAGACUCUCGACCUUGUUAGAGCAUUACAAGAUUUAGAAAAUGCAGCCUCAGGUGAUGCAGCAGUCCAUCAAAGGAUAGCUUCUUUGCCUGUGGAAGUUCAAGAAGUGUCCCUGCUUGAGAAAAUAACAGAUAAAGAAUCUGGAGAGAGGCUUUCUAAAAUGGUAGAGGAUGCUUGUAUGUUGCUGGCAGACUAUAAUGGCAGACUGGCGGCAGAAAUAGAUGAUAGAAAGCAACUCACUCGAAUGUUAGCAGAUUUUCUUCGUUGUCAAAAGGAAGCCCUUGCAGAGAAAGAACAUAAAUUGGAAGAAUACAAGCGCAAACUAGCCAGAGUUUCCCUGGUGCGCAAAGAACUCAGAGCCCGGAUCCAGAGCCUGCCAGAUUUGUCUCGACUGCCCAAUGUCACUGGCAGUCACAUGCACCUGCCCUUUGCUGGGGACAUCUACGGUGAAGAUUGAUGGCCAGUCUCCUCCAAGGCCAGGACUUUGCCAGACAUGGAGACAGGUUAGGUGAAUAGUCCUGUAGAGUUAUUUUUGUACAUUGUUGAGAGAGUGGUCCUAACGCAAGAAAUGACAAGGAAGUCUAAAAUGGUUUAAGUGUUGGUUUGUUUACUAUUUUACUAGUGAGUUAACAUGACUUAGUUAAAACCAAGUGAUUUCUGUGUAUUAAUGAGCUUAAAAUAGUGAUUAUUUUCAAAAGAUCUUUUUGUAAGUUUGGUUUUUUGAUCCAAGGUCUUGUGAGAAAUUCUCUUUCUGUUUCUUCAUGUAUUUUCAAUUGUUUUUCUUUAUUUUUUUUUCAGUAUCUAAUCACUGUACACUAUCUAAUUCCUAAUGAGAAGAACUGAUCAAGAGCUGAUAUGAGACUGUAUUAUGGUAUUGUUAGGACUUGAUUAUAGAAGAAACUAAAUGUUUCAGCCUCACCUUUUCCCUUCUUACCACCCAAAUAGUGGUUCUGUGUGUCCUCAUACCUUUGAGUUUUUUAUUCCCUAGAGGUCAGUAACAACACUAGACAUGGAUGCCACAUGGAGGGUCAAAUUAAAGCCUAUAGAGCAUUUCCCCUAUAGAGUAAUUCCAUCCCACAUGCCAGUCCAGAACAAAAGGCCUGUUAAAUAGACCCCUUGAUUACACUGUAGAACUAAGUGCAUUUCAUGAUUUUGAGAAUGUUCUAAGUGUUGACGUCCCACCAAGAGGCCGAGAGCACAGCUGACUUCUGUGAGAUCAGUCACCUUGUAUCAUUGAUCCUUUAACAAAACACCAGCCGUGGAGAGUAAACGAACAGUGACAUGCUUAUUCCCUCGUCCAUGUAAUGUAAAAUAGCACUUAGCUUGAGUAGCUCAAGAACUCAGUAUCCAUAUGUUCAUUUAAGUAGCCUGGAACAUUUUAUUUCCUUAAGGUUUUUGAAUAACUGUAUAUUGGGAAUUAAGCAGUGCUAUACUACAGGGUAGAUCUGGUGAAUUUUAUACUUGUAUGUUUACAGAUGUAAAUACAAAGCAAAUGUACCUUUACUCCAUCCUGGUGUAAACGUUAGAUAGAGCAGGUGCAUGCUCUCCAGCUUUCUUUUAAGUUACAUUGUGAACCUGCAGGUUUGUAUUUGAUAAUGACAAGGGGGACGGUUUUUCUCCUUCAUUGCUUUGCAUUUCUCAUUGUAAUCAGAGUCAAACUAGUUAGUUAAUAGAACACCUUUUAAAUUCCACAGGCCAAUUAUAUCUUGCUACUCUGAA